AUGUUAGCGGAUCAUUUUCGAUUGGAAGCAAACCAGCAUCUGGUCUGUCCUGUUCUGAUGAUGCUUUGCAUCUACGCUUUGCCGAUUUUACUGAUCUUUUUUGCGAAAGUUUUCUUCUUCGCGGAAAAGGGCUGCAAAAGUGGGAAGAAAGCUUUGGAGACUGAAGAGACAAGCGAGGAGGAAAUCCUUCCAAAACCAAUCCAUCGAACUGAAAAAGCGGAAGUAAUCGUGAGGAAAAACGAUUAUCCAACUUUCAACGAUAUCUUGAGUGACUGGGAGAGCAAAAGCAAGCAGAGCGCUUCCAGAAAAUCUGAAAUGAAGCUCGGCCGAGAUCUCAUGCAAGAAGGAAAAAAGGAAAACCUUGCGGAC